UUGAUAAUUCGGUAGUCUAUAUAUAUAAAUAUAGACAAAAAAAAAGAACGAACGAUCAUCAUCAAUAUAUUGGCUGUGUGGCUGUACAUGAUUGAUAAGUGCAUCACAUACAUUGAUCCCAUUGAUAUCGAAAAAAAAACAUCAAGAAACAUACAUAAUAAGUGAGCAGGAAGAAAUUUGAGACCCAUCAACAAACACUGAAAGGGGCCGAUUGAAUUUGUAAUUUUUUUUUUGAUAAAUCGUUUUGAAUAAAAGCCGCAACCAUAGGUCUAUUAAUAUUUUUAGCUCCGUCCAUUCGGAGUUAUCAUCACCAGCAUCAGCAGCAACAACAACAACAACAACAAAGAAUCGAUCAUGAUGGCGAACAAGAAUCGACUUCAUCAUCAUCAUCAUCAUCAUCGACAGUAGCUGAUGCAAAUAAAAGCCGUCGUCGUAGACGACGACGAUAUCAGCAGGUCAUAUUUCGAAAUAUUCAUCAACAAGCAAAUAAAAAUGGAGAGGCAAAUGAUAAUGUAAUAGAUGGUGAUGAUGAUUUGAUUGAAGAUAUUGAAGAAGUUGGUGAAGAAGAUGAAGCUGAUUUAGUUGCAUUAGUUCCCGAAGAGGAUGAUGAAAACGAUGUGCAAACAGAUGAUGAAGAAAAUGAGGACGAUGAUAUCGAUGCUAUCGAUGAUGGUGAAUUAUUCAUUCCGGAUGUUGAUGAUGAUGAUGAUGAGGAGGAAAAAGUGGAAGAACAACAACGACAACCACAAUCAUUGGCUAUCGAACGUAUAAAUCGACGAAUUAAUGCAGCUGCAGCGGCAUCACGAUCAAAUUCGAUUGUCAAUCAAAAACAUAAACGAUUUAAUUUCCGAUUCCUUCGCAAUAGACGCCAUCAUCAUGGUGAUGGUCACCAUCAUAAUCAUCAUGGUGAACAGGAUUCAACAGAAAAUAACCUUACAGUUUCACAACAGAGAAUAGAAUCAACAUCAUCUACAUCGACAUGUCAAAGUUCAUGUUCAUCUAGUAUGGGUGCCCAUUGUAAUCAUCAUAAUAAUAAUGGGAAAAAGAAUUCUUCAUCUAUAUUGUUGAAGAUACCUAAUUUUAUUCGAACCAAUUUAUUCAAUUCAAUAUUUCAUUCAAAUCAUCAUUCUCAUGAUGAUGAUGAUGAAGAUGAUCAAAAUAAUGAUGAACAUCUUAUAAACGGUGAUGAUGAUGAUGAAUAUGAUGAAAGCGCCAUCGGUGGCGAGCAAUCGAAACAAGUUAAUAAUGUUAACAUUGAGCAUAAUGAACUGGCUGUAAUGGAUAUAUGCAGAUCAACAUCAGCACAACCACAACAACAACAACAACCGCAUGAUGCAUUGAUCAUGGUGGACAACGGUGAUAUAGGAAUGUUAGAUUUGAUUGACCACAAUAAUCCGAUCGUUUCGACCGAACAUCAACAUCAUAAUAAUAAUAAUAAUAACAAUGAACAACGGCAACACAUUCUUGAUUCAACAAUAUCGUCGACCGAACCACAUGAUCAUAAUUUAAUUCAAAUGCGAAAAAAUUCAAUAACGAUUGGUGCUGACGUACAUGAUUCAAAAGAAUCAAUAAUUUCUUCCCAAUGGCAAUCGAAUGUUUACCGUCCAAUUAAUAAAAAUCCUAAUAAGAAUAUGGAAGAGAUAAUUGAUCAUCAUUAUUAUCAUUAUCGCCAAGUUGAUUAUGUUGUACCAAAUAUGUCCUAUACAUGGUCAUAUCAGCGUAGUAAUCUUCUUGCAGCCACUAAUAGUUUGUCUACAUAUACACAUCGAACAUUUAAAUUCGAAUUGUUGAACAAAAAUGGUGUCGUUAAAGGUCUCUGUCCAUUGGCACGUUCUGGACAUCGAAUCGUAUCGGAUAAACAUUAUGUUUAUCUAUUUGGUGGAUUUAAUCCUGAUGUUUUAGCCAGUGCACGAGUACCAGAUGAUGAACAAUGGAAGAAAACAAAACCUCUUUUCAAAGAAUUAUGGCGAUACUCAAAAUUGACACAAACAUGGCAUUAUCUUCGAUGUAGUGGAACGGCUCCGGUUGAAUUGGCCUCACCAUGUGCUCUGUUACUUGAACCUAAUCAUUUAAUGAUAUAUGGUGGUAGCGGAAUGCCAUUCGGUUCGUCCAGCAGCAAUAAAAUGUACAUUUGUGAUCUUGACCGUCUUCAUUGGUCACGAGUAAUUUAUGAAAAUGAAUCCCACUCCAUCGAAGAUGGUGUCGAUGUUUCUUCUGAUGAUCAGCCAAAUCAGAUUGAUUCAGAGAUCCCAGAACCCGCAUAUGGUCAAGCCAUUUGCUAUGAUCGAGAUAAUGACUUAAUCUAUGUUUGUGGUGGUACGACGGGUUUCGAUUAUUCCCUUAAUCUACAUGAAUUUAAUUUACAAACUCGAAAAUGGCGACUAUUAUCCCGCACACCUGAAUCAAUUGAACCUCGAUAUCGUCAUGAAAUGGCUUUGUAUCAAAGAAAAUUAUUCAUAAUCGGUGGUGGAACUUCAGGCCAAUCAUUUUCAAUGGAUAAAAUACCAGUAUUCGAUUUAGCUGCCAAACAAUGGUCCUUGGUGGAAUCCAAACCUUGGCAAAGUGGCGAAGAACAAAUGUAUCCAGCUGCUCGUUACAGUCAUGAUUGUGGACAAAUUGGUCGAUUAAUCUAUAUGGUUGGUGGUGCAGAUCAACGACAAGCUUUCGCCGAUUGUUGGAGUUUAGAUCUUGAAACAUUACAAUGGACAAAACAUGUUGGCUGCUCAUUACCACAGCCUUGCUAUUUUCAUUCAGCUACUAUAAGUCCGAAUGAUGGAGAAAUGUUUGUGUUUGGCGGUGUCAAUUGUGUUCAACGUAAACGCCGUAGUGAUGCAAUGUAUCGAUGCUGGUUAUCAGUACCAUCGUUACAACGGAUGGCCCAAGAAGCUAUCAUUAAAUUUCUUCAUAAUAAACAAAAUAAUGUCUCCGAAAAUAAUAAUAUUUCUGGUGGUUGUACGGAAAGCAAACGAAAAAAGAAUGAUCCAUACCGACAUCAUACGAAACCACGAUUAUCCAUCAAAUAUCUGCACGAGUAUUUUCAAUGUAUGCAAAUCAGCUACAAUCUAUUGAAUCUUCCGAAAUUCUAAAAAAAAAAAUGUGAUGCCUGCUUCAAGGUUUGCGUCUUUCCGUUUCAGCUCGAUUCGUUUAUUUUUUUCAGAAUCAAAAAAAAAAAAAAAAAAACGAGCUAACGACAUCAUCUGUUUACACGCGUGAUUCAACAAAAAAAAAUGUACAAGUGUCUAUUUUGUCUUCUCUUUAUUUCUUCAAUGAUUAUUAUUUUCAUUUAUAUUUUGUUAAAGAAUCUGCUAAAAAGUAAGAAAAGUCAAAUAUCCAUAUUUUGUUUUUGUUUGUCUUAUAUAUUUAUUAUUAUCCAUUAAUUGUGUCAACUAUAACUAUAACUGUUUAAAAAAACACAAACAAAUCA